AUGUAUAAUGAAGGAAUCCCAGAGUACCUUAUCGAUCAGGGAUUGUAUUAUCCUACCGCUGCUAACUAUGGAUAUUUCGGAUUUGAAUCAUCAGGUAACUGGGAAGACCCCCAUAGCACUUUUGGUCUGGAUGGUCAAGAAAUUCAUUAUACUGGGGCAAUAAACGAAGGUCUGCCGUACGUUUAUUAUGCAACCCAGGGAUAUGGAUACGAACAGUACCAUUAUAACCCAUACAAUCCUUAUAUUCCAGGUGCUGUUGAAGGAUCCACAGUAGCUCCUCAACAAUAUUAUGCAGUCCCAUCAUAUGAAAACUCAGUACCAUCACCUGCUUAUGCUCCUGUUCUUCAGUCAACCGCUGGUGCUGUUUCAAACACGAUAUCCAAUUCGUUUAUUGAUAAUGGCACACCCAUUAAUAGAGCUGAUGGUCUAUUUGCUAAUCACAAUCUGCGCUUGGAUGCUCCUAAUGCUACUAUGACCUUAGGGGGGGAUGCCUCUCUCCGGAUGACAUCCGAAGGGCAUAGAGCUAAUAAUGCUGCAUCAGGCAAGAAGGCUGUGCCGAGCAUUACUUCUGCUAAAUUGGGUAGUCAACCACCAUCACAGAUUGGCCAGGUUAGAGGUCCUCAAGGCACUGAAAUUGGUGUACAUGGGAAGGCUGCUUCAUUUGGUGAUAGUCAACCAAAGAGUGCAUUUACUUCUGUCGAUGGAUUAUCCAGUUUUGAAUCAAGGAUUCCUAGCACAGGGUCUGUACAUAAAGUUAAGCCCAAGAUACCUUAUGGUGGUGUCCGUGAGGAAGAAAGAGUCAGCCUUGGAACAUUGGUCGAGCAGAAUCCGGGGUCAAGACCAAUCAAACCGAAGACUCAGAUUGUUGUCGAGGCCCUCACAACGAGGGCUGGAAACCCCGAUGCUCAUGGAAACAUCACCAUCUUUCCAGAUGAAUAUAACAUAGCAGAUUUCCCCGUUGAGUACAGAAAUGCAAAGUUCUUUGUGAUCAAGUCUUAUAGCGAGGAUGAUGUGCAUAAGAGCAUAAAGUAUAAUGUAUGGUCAUCUACGCCCAACGGAAACAAGAAGCUUUAUGCUGCGUAUGAAGAUGCACAGAAAAUAGCAGAAGGAGAUCCUAGAGGCUGUCCUAUCUUCCUCUUCUUUUCAGUCAAUGCUAGUGGCCAGUUCUGUGGUGUGGCGGAGAUGAUUGGCCCUGUGGACUUCCACCGUGAUAUGGAUUUCUGGCAGCAAGAUAAAUGGAGUGGUAGCUUCCCUGUGAAGUGGCACAUAAUAAAAGAUUUGCCAAAUCCCCAUUUUCGGCACAUCAUACUAGAGAACAACGAGCACAAGCCGGUGACUAACAGCAGGGACACACAAGAGAUACCUUACAAGAAAGGUCUGGAAAUGCUGAGGAUAUACAAAAACCACACGUCAAGGACAUCCUUGCUCGACGACUUCAUGUAUUAUGAGAACAGGCAGCGGAUCAUGCUGGAGGAGCGGGCACGGCUAAUUCGUAAAAGCUAUGAGAACCCUUAUCUUGUCCCGCUACUCGAUCCUCCUCGCAAGCUUCAGCCCAUUAACAAUCCUCCUAAUGGAAGCAUGAAUUCUACCAGAAAUAGUCCCUCCACUUUGACUAUUGUGAACAAAAGCAUUGUUCCAGGGGAUGCUGGAUUAGACUUGUCGACCAAGAAGCAAUUAUUUGAUGCUAAUGCUGACUCGAAAGUGGUUGAUGAAUUGAAAAUGAGUUCGCUGAGUAUACGUUCAGAUGAGGGAGAGUCUGGAAGUCGCCCAUCAUCUGGUGCUGUAGAUUCUAAGGCGUCUGCUAAAACUGGGCCUAUUGACAUUGUCACCAUAGGGUCAAUGCCGGUCAAUGUCAACAGCAGUGGGUCUUCUGGUAUUUUGACGGUUGGGACAAUUCCACUCGACCCCAGAGCUCUUCUGCAUGAUUAG